GCUCUUCACAGGCUUUGGUAUCAUCUUGUUGGUUGUCCUGCUCCUGACAGUCAAAUCAACAAGUGGAAAUGCCCUGUUGUAUGCUGGCUUGCACUCAGCAGUGUCAAAGCUGAUGGACGCUUCAUGGAUGCUGCAGAAUAUACUCCUCUUCUUGCACGAUGGGAAUACCUCAUGCGUCAAACUCAGCUUUAUCAUGCAACCAUUGUUUAUCAGACACAACCUCAGCCUAGAAUUAAGGAAUUUGAUGAAAUUUUAGCAGAAUUUUGCAAGAAAAAUCUAAUCGAGGGUGUGCCUUCUCCAUACAACACUGUUCGUGAACAUCAGCACUUUGCAUCUGCCCUAGUAAAACGCACUGCUGCACCACCUCGAAUUACCUGGUCACCUGACAUGGCUAAAAUUACUUGCGAUGGACAUACCUUGGAGAUGGCAUGCUUGCGCAGUGGUCUGAAUGCUAUUGCUACAUUCAUUGAAGAUCACUUUCAAAGUCUGCUACUGGGCAACACAAUCAAGCCACAUGUGCCAGAGGAUAUGGUAGAGGAUAUGGCAGAUAAGCGAGUUGGCUUAUCUUGGGUUGAGAAGCCAAACCUUCUUGACAGACCUUAUCCACUGCUGGAGAUUUUACAGCAUCAUCCUGAUUACAAAAUCUGCUACAUCGAUGCACAGGAAAACUUUCACUGGAAUCGUGCUGGCAUGAUUGCUGCUCGUCAGGAGUUCAGCUGCAUCAAUGAAGCACUUUCCAUCCUCUGCUUCAUGCUUCCUGCUCCUCCUCCACGUGGAACAGAGUUCACUGACACUCGCUUGCGCAAUGCUCAAAUUCAACGCAAUAUCUACAAGGAUCAUGGAACCUGGAUCGUUCACAUUCAUGUCAAGACCUCUUCUCUGACACAGUCACUGUCAUGGAUACCCACCCUUUGUCCUAAACGUCUUUCUACACUGCUUGACUUCUACUGCCUGGUCAUACGUCCAAUAGAGGUUCUGAUUGCACAUGAAAUGGAAGGUGAAGCUGGUGUACUCCUGCAUCAUGAAUUUUUGUUUUGUCAGGAUGGUCAUCACAUUGACUCUCGUCACUUUUCACGAUCAUUGGAGCGCUUUUCAGAGCGUUACAUGAAAGAGGCAUUCACCAUCCACACCUGGCGUCACAUGGCAAUUGCAAUUCAACGAGAGUUUCUAGGUGAUCUCGAUUUAUCUGGAGAUCAUAUGGGUGAUCUUCUCUCCAAUCAUGGCACUGCACAAGCUCGAAAAACCUAUGCUCGUGAGCAUGGUGAUCUUCCCUUUCUCACCAGUGAUGCAAUGUGGGACAGUCGCCUCAUCUGCGAGCAAUGGCAUGACAUUUUAGGAUGGGGAAAAAAUAUACCUCCACUUCCAAAGCGACUUUAUCGCUCAGCAGCAUCUGCCUCUAUCAUUCACAAUCCAGCAUCUCCUUCCUCCUCUUCUCAGCUCAAUGCUGUCAAUUUGGAAAAUCUGGUCAAUGCAGCUGUAAAGGUUGCAAUAGGCGAUCUCAAGUUUGACAUUCAAAAUAUGUUGAUCGAUGCCAUUGCUCACCAUUCAGCUUCAAACUUGGUCAAGGAAGCAUCCUCCUCCAAUCAUGCUUUGAUCCAUCAGGCUUCCAUUGAUCAGCAUUCAUCCAUCUCUCACCUCUCACCUGUCUUACAAUCACCACCGCAUCAUCAGGCACAUUUUUCAGUUAUAGAUGAAGUGGAAGCACUGUAUGCUGGCACUGUUGAUGCUCAGCCCUCACCUAGGGUGGAUUGGUACACAUCAUACAAUGCAUUCAAGGAUGCUUUGGGCUCUAGGCUGCAGUUGUCCACUGUGGAUGAUCAACAGACCUCCAAAUGUCUCAGAGUUGCACUCAAAGACAAUAAUGCUCAAUUCAAGUCCACAGAACAGCUCAAGCUUUUGCAUUAUGUUCUUCAAGCUGAAUGUCACAUUGUUGCUGUUCUCCCUACAGGUGGAGGAAAAAGUCUGGCUUGGGAGGUCCCAUCUAUGCUAAAAGAGAAAAAGACAAUCACUGUCAUCUUGAUCCCUUUUCUUCCUCUCAUCCAUGACAUGCUGCGAAGAGCACAACAGAAGGGCAUAUCAGCAUGCAAGUGGAAUCCAAUGAUUCCUCCUUCUAAUGAUGUUCGAUGCCUGUUUGCUUCUUAUGAGUGUGUUGGCUCAAAGCAAUUUAUCUGGUAUGUUCUCAACUCUAUGCAUCAUUUGCAUUGUACUAAUAUUAUAUUUUAG